AGCAAAUAAUGGAAGAAGCCGUCACCCGCAAGUUUGUUCACGAAGACAGCAGCCACGUCAUUGCGCUGUGCGGAGUGGUAGAAGCCUGCCUUCUGCACAUGCUCAAGCGACGGGCGGCUGGCUUCCUGCGGACCGACAAGAUCGCCGCCCUCUUCACGAAGGUGGGCAAGACGUAUGAUGUGGCGAGCGACAUAUGCCGGAAAGCCCAGGAGCUGCUGCAGCAGGUGGAAAGCAGGUCACCUGUCAAGAAUGGGGAAAACGUAGGCAGGAGAUUCAGCCAUGGGACAGCCUCUCUUCCCUUGUUCAGGUUGCUAGUUCGGAAGGGUUUCCCGGCCAGCCAAGAAUCUCUCAAGAGGGAGAACUCGACCACGACCAGAACCACCGCCCUGACCCCACAGGUCAUCAAGCACAUUUGGGUCCGCACGGCUUUGACGGAGAGAGUGCUGGACAAGAUUGUGCAGUACCUCGUCGAUAACUGCAGCAAGUAUUAUGAAAGAGAAGCUUUAAUAGCAGAUCCGGUCUGCGGGCCGAUUUUGGCCUGCCUCCUGGUGGGACCUUCCGCCCUCGAAUUCACCAAGCUGAAGACAGCAGACCAUUUCUGGACCGAUCCGUCCGCGGACGAGCUGGUUCAACGGCACCGGAUCCACGGGACGCACGGACGCCAAGAUUCGCCCUCCAAACGGCCGGCGCUGGGGAUAAGGAAGCGACACUCCAGCGGAAGCAUGUCGGAGGAUCGCUUUGCCACGUCGGCCCGGGAUUACGUGGCGUCGCUCCACCAGAAUUCAAGGACGCAUUUGCUGUACGGAAAGAACAACGUUCUGGUGCAGCCGAAGGAUGACAUGGAGGCCAUUCCGGGCUACCUCUCCCUUCACCAGUCCGCCGAAUCACUGACCCUCAAAUGGACCCCGAACCAACUCAUGAACGGGACGCUGAGGGAUUCAGAACUGGAGAAGAGCAUCUACUGGGACUACGCUUUGAUCGUGCCCUUCAGCCAGAUCGUUUGCAUCCACUGCCAUCAACAACCCGAACGAGGAGGGACUUUGGUGCUGGUGAGCCAGGAUGGCAUCCAAAGGCCCCCGCUUCAUUUCCCACCCGGCGGACACCUCCUGGCCUUUCUCUCGUGCCUUGAAAAUGGCCUGCUUCCCAGAGGACAGCUAGAGCCUCCACUGUGGUCGCAACAAGGAAAGGGCAAAGUGUUUCCCAAACUGCGAAAGCGAAACAGUCACCACCGGUCGAUGGAGGUGGAAGACAUGCCGGCUGCGCUGGGAGCCUCCACCGACUACGUCUUCAGGAUCAUUUAUCCGGGCCACCGGCACGACAACAUAACUAUUAACUACCACCACUUAGCUGCCAGCCGCUCUGCCUCCGUCGACGAUGAUGAAGAGGAGGAAGAUAAGCUCCACGCCAUGCUAUCCAUGAUCUGCAAUCGGAACCUCACAGAUCCUAAAAGGAUGAAAGAUGCGGGGGACAUGUCAGAGAGCCAAGGCACCGGCCUCUUCUCCUGGCAGCUGGAUCCGUGCGGCGUCUCCUGCUCCACAGGCGGCUCUCCUUGGGACCUGCCCAGCUGCUGUAGCUGCAUCCACGACAGGAUGCCACUGAAGAUGCUGUGCCGAAAUAUGAAGAGACAAAUUGUUUCCAGAGCCUUCUAUGGAUGGCUCGCGUACUGCCGCCACCUGUCCACCGUCCGGACGCACCUGUCUGCUCUCGUGAACCACACCAUCAUCCCGCCAGACAAACCCACCAGCGCCGUGGGAGGCUUGACCAAAGAGGUCUGGAGCAAAUACCAGAAAGAUAAGAAGAAUUAUAAGGAGCUGGAACUGCUCCGGCGCGUUUACUACGGCGGAGUUCAGCACGAAAUUCGGAAGGAGGUGUGGCCAUUCUUGCUGGGACACUACACGUUUGGCAUGGGGAAGAAGGAGAUGAGCCAGGUGGACGAGGCCAUCGCCCUGCGGUACCAGAAAGUCAUGGCAGAGUGGAAAGCCUGCGAGGUGAUUGUGAAGCUGCGGGAGAAAGAGUCCCAGACGGCCACCAAGUUUUCCUCCGGGAGCAGCAUCGACAGUCACGUGCAGCGGCUGCUCCACCGGGACUCCACCAUCAGCAACGAUGUGUUUAUCUCCGUCGAUGAGAUGGACUUGGCCGAGCAAGAUCCGAAGGCCCCGAAAGACCCCUCUUUGACCGACGUCGCCCUCGACGCCCCCACAGUCCUGGCGGCCGCCGGGCAACAGCAGUCGGUCGAGUUUGAUUCUCCGGACUCCGGGCUUCCGUCUUCACGGAACUACUCGGUCACCUCGGGAAUCCUUUCCAGCAUCGACGACGGGCAGAGCCUUUGCUUCGAGGACGGGGCCGAGGAGGAGGCGGGCGGCGACCCACCGAGGCCGGAUCGAGGGGAGGCCGACCCUGCCAAAGCCUCCGAAACCCAGAAAUCGGUCACGGAGGAGCCGAAGCUCUCCGUGUGUUCUGCUGCUUACACGAUAGAAAUGUUGGACACUGUUGCUUUAAAUCUGCAUAGGAUAGAUAAAGACGUCCAACGGUGCGAUCGGAAUUACUGGUAUUUCACCGACGAGAAUCUGGAGAAACUUCGCAACAUUAUGUGCAGCUACGUUUGGGAACAUUUAGACGUUGGUUACGUCCAGGGCAUGUGCGAUCUUUUAGCGCCUCUCAUGGUUAUACUUGAUAAGGAUGAGCUGGCUUACAGUUGCUUCACCCAGUUAAUGAAAAGAAUGAGCCAAAAUUUCCCAAACGGAAGUGCCAUGGACACCCAUUUUGCAAACAUGCGAUCCCUUAUCCAAAUUCUGGAUUCGGAGCUGUUUGAGCUGAUGCACCAGAAUGGAGAUUACACUCACUUCUACUUUUGUUACCGCUGGUUCCUGCUAGAUUUUAAGAGAGAAUUGCUGUACGAGGAUGUAUUUACAGUCUGGGAAGUGAUUUGGGCGGCGAGAAGCAUCUCCUCCGAACACUUUGUCCUUUUCAUCGCCUUAGCGUUGGUGGAGACCUACCGGGAGAUUAUCCGCGAUAACAACAUGGACUUCACAGAUAUCAUCAAGUUUUUUAAUGAAAUGGCUGAACAUCACAACGUUCAGGAGAUCCUGAAGAUUGCACGAGACCUAAUCUGCAAAGUCCAGACGCUGAUUGAAAAUAAGUGACCGGAGACCGGGGGGGGGGCGUGGUGGAAAAGCAAUGGACAUUUCCUGCAAAAAAAGAGAAGAAAAGAAAAAAAGAAGGAAGGGGAAAAAAAGCUUCUUGGACCUUUUUGGGGAGGGGAGGUGGGAGAAAAGAGAGCACUUUAAUUGCACUUGAAACAAGAUGUUUUAAUGGCAUCUUCCACGUAAUGCAGUAAAUACUUGAGAAGUUUCAGAAACUUUUUAUUUUUAAGAAAAAAAAUACAAAGGAGGGAAGGGUGUCCCUCACCAAAAAAAAAAAAAAAAUUAAAAAUCCAGGCAAGGAAGUUGAGAGCCCUAAAUGUCAGAGGGGCUGCUCCAUUUUUAGUCCAUGUUCUCUUUCGUGUUUUUGCACUUCCCAAACAGUGGACCAACCCUUUAGCGCUGGAGAGGGCCCGCAAUGGGCUGUGUGAGGCGUCCCGGCCAUUCCUGGCUUUGCUGCUGUCAUUUUGCAAAGCCUCUGCCCGUUCCUUCCAUCCCAUCCUGGCCGCCCCCUCUUAAGAGACCCUCCGGCUGCCCUCCGGAACCCCACAACCUCCCGUGUUUUCAGCUGGGAAGGGUUUACUGUCCGUUUUGCUGGAUCACACCCGUUGUGGGGCUGGGCUUAUAUGUGCCGGGUGGGGACCCCCCAUCCCUACUCCCAGGAGAAAGGCUGCAGAGAAUGAAAUGCCAAAGGUAGGUUUUCCCUUUUCCUUCGGCGUGAGAUUUCACCUGUCUUCUCUUUUUGGGAAAGAUUGGGACAAACUGUUGUUGUUGUGGGGGGGCAGGAGACACACACACACCCCAAAAUCAAAUCCUUGUCGUCAUCUGAUGAAGGAUCUGAGACGGCGGGCCUCCAGGGAAGGUAUUCCCAAACUUUUCUACACGGCCCUGAGGACUAGAACCUUGAAGGGGCGGGUGGCUCUGAAUUCUCUGGAUACAUGGAUGAUUUUUGUACUGGGCGGGAUGGGGGGAUUAUGUGAGGGACACCUCCCCUCUCUGGUGCCCAUUUGAGAGGUUCUCAGGCUACUUUUCUGUUUGCUGUGAAACGUCGUCAUGACGGUGGGGCAAUGUUCCGCUCCCAGUGACAAACCCCUGAGGCCCAUUUUCCUGGGGGCCAGGGGCACCUGUUCACACAGGCAUGCGUUCUUUAGGGGACUGAAUUCUGCAGCCAUCGUCCAUGUGGCCUGUGCACAGGACGAUGGUAUACAGACUCUAUCCAAAAUGGACCACGGAGGUCGAAAUGUUGAGUUAUUUUUUCUUCUGUUUGCCUUGGAAUGCAAAAAAAACCCCAACAUACAAACAUAUCCUUUUAUCAGGAAUGUUAACUUUGUGUGUGUUUGUGUGUGAGUGUGAGAGAGAGACAGGGAGAGAUAAUGCCGGCAUGCUUGCUGUUUUCCAGCCACUGUUAUUUUGGUCUGUUUUACUUUAUUGUGGGAAGAUUGUGUGAUCCAUGCCGUCGUUCUGCAGGACAGUCUCAUGACGACAAUAGAGAAGGUUUCUUAAUUUGUGUCUCUUUUCGUUCAGGGUGUAUGUGAUGUCUUAACGAUAUGUGUGUACACACACACACACACACACACACAAAAUAUCCCACCCAUGGGCGUUCUUACCAUCUGCAAUCAAUGUUUCAUAAUGAAAAAAAAACAGUCUAAAAGCUGCAUUAUGUUUUUGGAGAAUGUAUUAUGCGACACUUUACUGUGUGGAAAUGAAAACAAAACCAUCACACAAAGACCCAUCCUAUCCUAUCAUGCAGCCAUGCAACCAAAUGAAAUGGAUCUAACUGUGCACACUUUGUCGUUAUCUGUUUAUUCUACCAACGUUCUGUAUAAUGGUAUUUUAUGAAUAUUGUGUCCUGCCUUAUUUAUUUUUGUCACGAGCAGACUCUUUUCCUUAUUGCUCGAGAGUUUAUUUAUCUUUAAAAUGCAACCUAUGUAUAAAAGGAAAAUAAUAAUAAUAAUACAUAUUGUCGACUGCUU